UGAGAUUUAAUCAUACUAGAGACUAAACAAGAAAGAUGCUUACUGAGGAAAGUUGGAUCCAACAAGAGUGUAGUACAGAAUGCAAUAAGUUAUGAAUUACUUUUUCUGAGGUAGCUCAACAGAACAGUGCCUAAUGAAGGAAGGCAAUGGCUCAACCAUCUGGUACAUUUGUGAUUCUUGAUUAAUUACUUGAAGACUAAUAGACUUGAAAUUCACCAUUCUUAGAAAUGGAGGUUAGUGAUGAACCUGAUCAGCCUGUCUCUGCAGGGAGGAAAGAAAUUCGGAGGAGAAGACGACCCAACCAACCAAUGGUAGACAAAUCCCAGCAGACAGAAGUGGCAGAGAAAAAGAAACAGUUACCCAUAUCACAGUCAUCUGGUCCCCAAGCUACCAUCAGUAUUGGUAAUAUUCCUGGAAGCAAAGUAAACUAUGGGUCUCUUAGAAUAUCUUCUCAACUUCAAACUUGGAUGAAGAGAAGAAAGUAUAUAUGGGAUAUGACUGAUAAAUCUCUGCAGACAGACACUACUGAAGAAGAGAAAAAAGAAAAAAUCAAGGCAGUUGAUGAAACAGUGAUGCCUGAAGAAAAGCCAGCUGCUGUUAGGGAGGGAGACCCUGAAUUUCCAAAGAGUGUUCAGGAAGUAGAAAUCUCACUAAGGAGACACUCAGUUCAACUAAAAAUAGAUAGAUCUCAGCAGACCAGUUGUACUGGAGUCUGGACAAUGAUGAACAUUCCUCAGAAAGAAAAAGUGGACAAGGAACAGCAGACAGACCUCAGUGAAUCAGAAAUAAUGCUUUUUGGCAAGCCAGGUUGUUCGUUUUCAAAGUCAAAGGAAGAUACACAGAAAUGUAAAUCCUCAAGGGAGAUUUUUGUUAGUGAAAAUCCUGAAUUUCAAUCAACAACAAGUAACAAUGAAGAAACUGGGCAGAGUAUUAGCAAAUUUUUAUUUAGUCAACAAUCCAAAAAUGGUAAUACAGCAUAUUUAGAAGAUGAGCAAGACAUUUCAGUUGCAGUGCAGCCUCCCAUUGCAGGAGAGAUCUCUGCUGAAGUACAACCUCCAGCCGCUGAUGAGGCUCCAGCAGAAGAGGCCUCUGCUAAAGUAGAGCCUACCCCAGCUGAAGAGAUGUUUUCAGAAGAGCCUCCUGCUGAAGUUCAGCCUCCAUCUACUAAUGAGUCUUCUACACAAGAGGCCCAAGAACUUCAACUUCCACCAGCUGAAGAGACCCCUGUAGAAGAAGCUUCAGCUGAAGUUCAGCAUUCAGCUGCUGAGGAAACCCCUACAGAGGGUGCUUCAGCUGAGGUUCUGCCUCCACCAGCUGAGGAGCCUCCUGCAGAAGAGGCCUCAGAUGAGGUUCAGUCUCUGACAGCUGAGGAGACCCAUGCAGAAGAGGCCUCAGCUGAGGUUCUGCCUCCACCAGCUGAGGAGACUCCUGCAGAAGAGACCUCAGAUGAGGUUCAGUCUCUGACAGCUGAGGAGACCCAUGCAGAAGAGGCCUCAGCUGAGGUUCUGCCUCCACCAGCUGAGGAGACCCCUGUGGAAGAGGCCUCAGCUGAGGUUCAGUCUCUGACAGCUGAGGAGACCCAUGCAGAAGAGGCCUCAGCUGAGGUUCUGCCUCCACCAGCUGAGGAGACCCCUGUGGAAGAGGCCUCAGCUGAAGUUCAGCCACCACUAGAUGAGAAGACCUCUUCAGAGGAAGCCUCAGCUGAAGAUCAGCUUCCAUCUCCACCAACUGAGGAGAACUCUGCAUUAAGGGCCUCAGAUGAACUUCAGCCUCUAUCAGCUUAAGAAACUACCUAAAAAAUGGUCUAUUUUGAUGAGCAGCCUCCACCAGCUGAAGAAGAUUUUAUCACACAAAUCUCUAUAAACAAGGGCUCUCCAGAAAUUCAGUCUUCACCAUUUGAACAAACCCCUGCAGAUGACUCUCUGGUAGAGAAUGUGUCUACUGAAUAUCAGUCUCUCCAGACAACAGACAUCCCUGUGGUCAAAUUAAAAUCAGUGAUUUUGGAAGAUGCUAAACAUCAGAAGUCUUUAGAGCGGGAUCCUGUUCACAAAGAUUUGUCUACCAUCAAGAAAGAACAAGAGUAUGCUACUGAAAUAGAGGUUGUCAUCCAUACAGACCGACAAUAGGGGCCUCCUCGUCAUCUGAACUCAGUUCUUAACUAAGCAAGCAAUCAGAAACUGGGAGGUUCUUGAAGUGCGUACUACAAAAAAGAGGAGGCAUUUGGAAGUUUUGUGAGCAGGGAAAUGAAAGGAAAACCCAAGAUGUAGGCUGCAGGUUGGAAGAUGAAU